AUGGCGGGAACUCAGGUCUCAUCUCAAAUGCCACCGGCCUGUUUCACGACACUUAAGGAGUAUGAUGGUGAACGCAAUUCAGAAGGUGAGCGACAUGGACGUGGAAAAGCACGUCUACCCAAUGGUGAUACAUACGAUGGAGAAUACGAACACGGUUUCAGAAGUGGACAGGGGACCUACCGAUUUAGAAAUGGUGCUUGCUACACUGGAGAAUAUCUUCAAAACAAAAAGCAUGGCCAGGGUAUUUUUUUUUAUCCAGAUGGAUCAAAAUAUGAAGGAGACUGGGUGAAUGACCAGAGACACGGCUACGGAGAGUAUACAUAUGCAAAUGGAGACACCUAUACUGGAGAAUGGUUUAACAACAAUAGGCAUGGACAAGGUACAUAUGUCUAUAAAGACACGGGAUCUAAGUAUGUUGGUGGUUGGGUAAAUGGAAACCAGGAAGGAGAAGCUGAACUUAUCCACCUAAACCAUAGAUUUAAGGGCAAGUUUUUGAAUGGAAAUCCUAUAGGUCGUGGCAAAUAUAUCUUUGAUAUUGGAUGUGAACAGCAUGGUGAAUACAUACAAUCAGAGCAGGAUAAAGGAGAGGGAGAAGAAGAGGAAGAACCCUCAUUGCUUGUUGCACCAAAAUGGAAAGCAUCAGAAAUUACCAAACUAACACUCUGGACUCCCCAUGGGGAAAACCCACCUUCUCCCAGAGAAGCCUCCCUAGUGGGAGCAGCAACAGCAGCAGCAGCAGUGGAAGAAAGAGCAGCAGCAGUAACUGAAGAGGAGAAAAUGCCAUCAAUUGCAGUCACUGAUGAGCCUGCUGAGGGUAGGGAUGAUGAGCCUUCUCUUCAUGAAGUAUCCAGUGAAGUUUUUAGCCCAGCAAGGGAUGCAGGAGAGGAAGAUGAGGGAAGCAGAGGGGAAGAAGAAAACAAAGAUCAGGAGGAUCAAGGAACUGCUAGUUUAGAGGAUAAGGAGGACGAAUCAAAGGAAGCAGAGUAA